UUAGGCUCCUCUAUGCAAAAAAAAGCACUAAAAACUAUGGUCACACAAUCGAGAAUUGUAGAGCAACAAGAAAUGAUGUUCUUAUUCCACUUUUCAUUUUACUCUCUUCUUCUCUUUACCUUCUCAUUAGUCCUCGUUUGGAAAUGGUUGUGGAAUCCGAAAACCCUAAGAAAUCUGCCACCUUCUCCACCAAAGCUCCCAAUUAUCGGAAAUCUUCACCAACUUGGAUUGCUCCCUCAUCGCUCCCUCCAAUCCUUAGCUCAAAAAUAUGGCCAGCUUAUGCUCCUUCACCUCGGUAGCAAGCCGGCUCUCAUCGUCUCCUCAGCUGAUGCAGCUCAGGAGAUCAUGAAAACCCAUGAUCUCAACUUCUCAACCCGACCUAAAUCAAGCAUUCCCAGUAGACUUUUCUACGAUAAGGACAUCAUAUUCAUUCCUUAUGGGGAGUAUUGGAGGCAACUAAGAAGCAUUUGUGUGCUCCACCUUCUUAGUAACAAAAGGGUUGAGUCUUUCCGUAGAGUGAGAGAAGAAGAAACUUCUCUUAUGUUGGAGAAGAUCAAACAGUCUUCUUCUUCACCGGUAAAUUUGUCUGAAAUGUUAAUCUCGCUAACAAAUGAUGUAUUGUGUCGCGUAGCCUUGGGAAAGAAGUACAGUGAACAGGAAGGUGAUACAAAGUUAAAGGAUCUAUUUACGGAUUUUUCGGAGGUUUUGGGUGGUUUCAAUGUUGGGGAGCAUAUCCCAUGGUUUGGUUGGUUGAAUCGUAUCAAUGGUUUGAAUGCUAAGGUGGAGAAAGUUGCUGAAGAGCUCGAUAAAUUUUUGGAGGAUGUUGUGGAAGAGCAUAUUGAUCGUCAAAAUAGAGAUCGCGAUGGUGGUGGGAGUGAUGAUCAAGGUGAUGAAUGGCAAAAGGAUUUCUUAGAUGUCUUGCUUGGAAUUCAAAGAGAGAACUCUACAGCCUUUCCUCUUCAAAGAGUCAGCAUUAAAGCUCUCAUCUUGGAUAUGUUUGCAGCUGGAACUGAAACUACCUACACAUCUCUCGAAUGGGAAGUGACCGAGCUUUUAAGACACCCCAAAGUCAUGAAGGAACUACAGAAUGAGGUUCGAGGAAUAGCCAAAGGCAAACAGGACAUAGUCGAAGAUGAUCUAGAGAAAAUGCAUUACUUAAAAGCAGUGAUCAAUGAAUCUAUGAGGCUACACCCUCCUCUACCAAUGCUAGUUCCUCGAGAAGCCAUUCAAGAUGUCAAAGUAAUGGGCUACGACAUUGCAGCCGGCACACAAGUGUUUAUCAAUGCUUGGGCAAUUGCGCGAGACCCGUCAUUGUGGGAAGACGCUAAAGAGUUCCGGCCACAGAGGUUCUUGAAUACUUCAAUCGAUUAUAAAGGGCAGAACUUUCAAUUUAUUCCAUUUGGAGCUGGCAGGAGAGGUUGUCCUGGAAUCAAUUUCGCAAAGCCUGUUAAUGAGCUUGCAUUAGCGAAGCUUGUACACAAAUUUGAUUUUGCAUUGCCUAGUGGUGCAAUAGACCAGGAUAUGGACAUGGCUGAAGCCCCUGGUAUAACCAUCAACAGAAAGUAUCCUCUACUCGUUGUUGCAACUCCAUAUUCUUCUUAGUGUAAUUUGGUACAUAUCUGAUGAAAAAUUGUACUACGCCAACAUUAUUUGUAAAGUUAUUAUACAUUUUAUAU